CAAAUACCGAACGCUUGCAAACUCAUCGCUUGCCUUGAAUCACCGAGGAGGCUACAAGGGCAUGAGCCAAGAGCUUAGGACUAUGACUUCUGUGGAUAGUUCAUAAACCGUCAGUGUAUUACCUCUUUACGAGCACUCAGCGUUACUGUGAAUAUUACAUUAACGUUUGACGCCUUUUCAUCCAUAUAACGUUAGACGGGAACAGAAUGGCAUCGAUUUUGCUCACCAGGUCUCGGACUCCUUUGCUGAAAACAUCUAGGUCAUUAAAGCACGAAUUCAGAAAAGGAAAGUUAUCAGAAAAUGCAUGCUUUAACUGCACUGCACUGCGGUUAGCCACAAACAGUCCCAGUGUUCUUGGAGGCAGCACCUGGCCUCAUGCAUCAUCUGCCCUGUACCUUGACAGUUCAUCAGCGCUUCAGCGCCGCUUGUCCAGGUCACCUCGCCUGUACUGUUCCAUCUUAGUUCAUGACCCUGUUCACACCCACUCCACAUACCUCAGGACGCUAGCCUGGCCACAGAACACCCCGGUCCGGUGGGUACAUACUACAGGCCCCCUCUAUGAUGAUUCAAAGUUAGAGCGUUCUUUACGCUCACUGAAGGAUCGGAAUAAAAAGCUUGAGGAGGGUGGACCGGUGUACAGCCCGACGGUAGAUGCCGAACCUGUGCGACGGACAAUACGCCAACGUGUGAUUGAUGAGGUGAAGCACUACUAUCAUGGGUUCCGCCUGUUGUGGAUAGAUACGACUAUCACCGUUCGGAUGCUCUGGAGGGUGCUGAAUGGACACAUUCUGUCACGCCGCGAGAGGAGACAGUUCCUGAGGACGUGUGCAGAUGUCUUCCGGCUUCUGCCCUUUCUGGUCUUUAUCAUCGUUCCAUUUAUGGAGUUUCUGCUUCCUGUUGCACUGAAACUUUUCCCUAAUAUGUUGCCGUCCACCUUUGAGACACAGUCCAAAAAGGAGGAAAGACUAAAGAAGGAGCUGAGAGUGAAGUUAGAGAUGGCCAAGUUCUUGCAGGACACAAUCGAGGAGAUUGCACUAAGAAACAAAGCAGCCAAAGGCAAUGUGACUGAGGAGUUCUCCACUUUCUUUCAGAAGAUCCGAGACUCUGGAGAGAGACCCAGUAAUGAGCAGAUCAUACGCUUCUCUAAGUUGUUUGAGGAUGAACUGACCUUGGAUAAUCUGACACGACCGCAGCUGGUGGCACUGUGCAAACUGUUGGAGCUGCAGUCCAUCGGCACCAACAAUUUCUUGCGCUUUCAGCUCAUCAUGAAACUCCGAGCCAUCCGUGCAGACGACAAGCUGAUAGCAGAAGAAGGAGUGGACAGUCUUAAUGUGACCGAGCUGCAGUCAGCAUGUCGUGUGAGAGGGAUGAGAGCUCUGGGUGUGACCGAGGAGAGACUGAGAGAACAGCUUAAACAGUGGCUGGAGCUGCACCUCAAUCAGCACAUCCCUACAUCUCUGCUGCUGCUGUCCCGAGCCAUGUUCCUGCCAGACACGCUGUCCCCUACAGACCAGCUUACAACCACACUACAGAACCUGCCAGAGAUUGUGACUAAAGAGGCACAGAUGAAGGUGGCAGAGCUGGACUUUUCUAAAGUGGAUAACAAAACCAAGCUGGAGGCCACGCUGCAGGAAGAGGCAGCUAUCCGACAGGAAAACAGAGAGCGGGAGCUGGAGAGAUUGUCUGAUGCUGCAGAGAAAGAAAAGGAACAGGCUGCACGGGAGGCCGAGGUGGUGGAGAUGGAAGCAGAACGAUGUGUGGAUGCAGAACAUGCUCUCUCCAGUGUAGACGUGGCCAUCCAUUUAGAAACACUACGAGAUACUGCACCGGUGCUGGAGGGUAUUAAGUUUGAGCAGUGGCAGAGGUAUCUGCAUAUUCAGGGAGAGGAGAUCACUAAGGAGGAGAUUGACAUGCUGAGUGACGCCUGCACCAAACUGAAGGAGCAGAAGAAUCUCCUCACCAAAGAGAAAGAGGAGCUGGAGGACCUGAAGGAUGAUGUGCAGGAGUACAGCGAGGACCUGGAGGAGAUCAAGCGAGAGCUGUCCAAAACAGGACAGGAGAAAGUGGUGGAGGAGUCUAAAGCAAGUCAGCGUCUGUCGAAGCGGGUCAACCGCAUGAUUGGCAGAGUGGAUAAGAUAAUCAACGAGCUGGAGAAGGACAAGAUGGUGCUAGACGGACAGAUGGACAGCGGGACCACACCACCAAUUGGAUUGUUCUUUGAGAAACAUAGUGACUUGCCAAGUUUGUUCCUGUCCUACAGGGAGAAUCUGAUAAGCAUCAAUGAGCUCAUUGGAGUCAUGAAGCAGAUCCAGAACAUCCCUGAACACAAGCUGCUCAGCAUCGCAGAUGCACUCGACGAAAACAAAGAUGGCAAGAUAGACAUUGAUGAUGUCUUUAAGGUGGUAGAGCUGAUCGAUAAGGAGGACAUCGAUAUCUCCACCAACCAGGUGGCAGAGAUCAUGGUGAUGCUGCAGAAGGAGGAGAAGCUGGUGGAGAAGGAGAAAGCCAAGGAGAAGGUCGAGAAGGAGCAGGCAGCUAAAAUUCAAAACUAGACCUUCUGUGUAGGGAAUGGAAAAGAUCCUGAAGCUUUUCAGGUUCAUUAAUAUGUGUUCAGAAGCUUCAGACUGAGACUGAAAUCAGUGCUGACAUGACAUACAGAAGAGCCACAAAUUAAACAUUUGUUCCCUUGUUUAGGUAAAUAAUGCCCACAGUUGAACUAAAUUAAAAGGAGGGAAUGAACAAUGAAGUCGUGUAAAUGAAUUCUUAAUUCAUGGCCAUCAUAUCUUUUAUUUGUCAUGUUCGAGGCUCCGUAAAUUCAGAGAUACAUUUUGAAAGAAUAUUUGUUCAUGUAUUCUCAAAAAGACCCUCUUAAAGGUGGAGUGUGUCAUUUCUGGCACAAAACGGACUGUUUGUUUGAGCAGCCUUGUUGAGCUGGACAUACCAUCAGUGCAACCAAUAGCGUGAGUUUGGGGUGGAAGUAUCCUUGUGUCACAGAAAUUGCGCACUUCAUCUGUAAGAUGCAAAAAUGUAUUCGUGGAAAAUGAAAACUUUAUUAUUCUCCUAAUCUCACACCCUGGUAGUGAUGUAAUUUCCUGUGAUCUGAGGACAUCUCCUGUCUUUGCACAUCACAUCACCUGUCACCAUCAUUCCACUACUCAUCCAGUUUUAUUCCGUUGCAUUUUCAUGAGAUUCUUGAAUGUCGCUCAGAAGAUGUUGAUCCAAAGAAGCUGAUGUUAUGCUUGUACAUACACAUUCAAGCCACCAAGCACUGCGGCUUUUGUCACACAGCAAAGUCUGAAGUAGUAUUGGGACGUAUCGCUUCAGCACUUGAGCUUUAUUCAGGGCAGGAGCUUUUGUACAGACUUGAAGAUAGUGACUGAGACAAAUUCAGUUUUUGAUGUUUUUGAUUUUUGAUUUAGCUUUUAUCUUGGAUUGAUUUCAGCAUCACAUUUACAUUGUGGCCUUAGUAAUCAAAUUCUCUUGUCCAAUGUAAGCUCAAGGGAUGAAAUUUACAUAAUAUAGCUAUAUUAAUAUUUAACAGUUCGUCAAUGCUAAUAUUUGCAUUGUACACUAGCAAUACAUUUCUGUGCAGUGGGCAUCUCUGUUAGCUAGCGUGGGUUAAAAAAAGAUAAAGUGUGUUUGUGAAUGUUUGUAUGUGUGAAAGAGUUCUGCUGGGUACCUGAAAGGGAAAAGAUGGAGGUCAGUGCAGACAGAAUCAGGGUACGGCUCAGCCAUACAAUCAUUGUGACCAGGAUGAUCCCUCACUCCUUACACGGAGAGAGCGGCAGCAGUUGUUCUCAUUGCAAAGCACCUACACAAACUGGAAUGUGUCGAUCAGCAUGAGACUCAAAUGCUCACUGGUAGCGUGAGUCUGGUAGCAUAGUUUCACAGGGCACAUAAGGCAGGGAAUACAUCAUCUUAACCCUAAACAUGUCAUAGUGAAGGACCGGCAUGUCUAAUCUCAAAACACUUUCUCUGCUGUGUCUCAGACAGAGUUUGGGUGCCUAUUUCACAUUGUGUCCCUUAAAAGGAUAGUUCA